CUCAAUUUGCAAGCGCCUGUCUGGCAAAGCACAAUCAAGUGAGGGCUCUACAUAUUGACACACCAGCAAUGACCUACAGCACGUUAGCUGCUUCAACAUCCCAAGCCUGGGCGGAUGAUCUUGCAUCUAGACAAGCAUUUGAACAUAGUGAUUCAGCAAACCAAACUUUUAGAACAGGUGGGGAGAAUUUGUAUUUGAAUGGCACGACUGGUACUCCUGCAGAUUUCCCUGAUUUGUGUGCAAAUGGAAUCCAAGCGUGGUAUGAGGAGAUUUCUGAUUAUAAUUAUGGUAGUCCGGGAUACAGCAGUUCAACAGGUCAUUUUACUCAGGUUGUGUGGGCGGCCUCUAUAGAGGUUGGAUGUGGUAGUUCACGAUACACAGACAACAGUGGAUUUAUUAAUACAUUGAUUGUCUGCCAGUACGUCCCAGCAGGGAACUUUGCAGGACAGUUUGCAGUACAAGUCAAACCUAUUAUUGCUGGAGAAACAAGUUCACCUACUACUUUGGAACCCACAACAUCUACACUAACAAUUCCAACAACACAAGGUCCACCUCCGAUUUAGCAACAUUAUGAAUAUUCUUCAUAGCCUUUUAAAGCGUGUAUACAUCUUACUAAUUUUGAUUGUGCCCAGAUUCUGCAGAAAAGUAACAAUCGGUUUUGCUUUGAAGGCAUCUAAGUUGUUAUCAUUCAUGUCACAUGUAUCGAUUAUUGCUUCCCACCAUUCAUAUUUCAAUGAUGAAUAAAUGCUCUUAAGGGAAACUAUACGUGAAAUAUAAAGUUCUGAUUGUUUGACAAAUGCCGAUUAUAGGUAAUAUGGGCGGCGUCUGUAGAGGUUGGAUGUGGCAAUUCACGUACACAGACACAAGAGGAUUUAUUAAUACAUU